AUGAUCGCUCCUUCUCCAAGCUGGUUCGUUGGUGUGGAUGCCGUGCCCCUUUGUAUUGGCAACGCGUGGGUCCAAUCCGCAGUCUAUGACAUCACCGCAUGGGACUCUGGUGCAGAUGGUGGUCGUAACUACACGUCUCCCGAUGACACACUCACACCAUACAAGAUCACCCGUCGUAUCCGCUCCACUCGUGGCACUAACGUCUUCAACGACAAUGCCGAUGACUCCAAGCCCAUGGCACGCCUUUACAUUGACCUGAAGACGCAAGACGUUGGUUUCGAAAACCGGAGCCGUGCCUCCACAUCCCUGCCUACAUGCAGCAAGUGCUCUGAAACAUGCUCCGCCGAGAGUUAUGACUGGACUAUCAACAAACCGGUUUCUCAGACUCUAGGCACUUCGUCCGCCGGCAGCGCUACUUUCUCCGCCCUUGCUUUGCUGUUCUGCAUUGUAGCUGCCAUGCUUGCCUGAGCCGGCAGUUGUUCGCCUACCAGCAACUGCCUGUUAGCGGGUAUGUUGUGUA